GCACUUCCGGAAACUAGCAACAAGAACAUCCAAUCAAACAACAGUUCAAUUUUAAGUCAGGAAAGACAGUUCCUUCUUUCUCUUACUGUAAACCUCACUAUCAAGCACACCAACGGACCCUUUAUUGUCCAUUGUGGAAUUUGAGUUGUAGCAACACCUUGUCUGCAGCCAUUUCGUUGCUUUGGAGCCACAUCUGCCUCUCUUCAACAGCUGUUUCAUGGGCACCCCGGAGGAACAGAGAGACUGGGUAGAUGUGGCAAAUGAACUGCUCGGCAAGUGUCACAUCGAACAGAAGCUGACGAAACUCGCAGACUGUGAUGCCAAUGUGUUUGUUAGUCUGUAUGAGAACAUCCUGAGAGAGAAGGUUCCAGAUUAUAUUGCAUCACCACGCAGUCAAGAGGAUGACGUCCAUAAUGUUCAGUGUGUCAUUGACUCUCUGUCGCUGGAUUAUCUUCAGAUCAGUCUCUCUCAUAUCACAGGAGAAAAUGUCAUCCAGGGAGACAAAGAGUCAAUCAAGAACCUUUUGGAUAUAUUUGAAGGCCUCUUGGAAUAUCUCAGCGAGGAAAUAAGCGAGGACUCACAGAAUGAUGGGUCACAAAAUGGUGGUCUCCGAAAGGAUGCUGGUGGUGAAAGCGAGGCGCCAACAACCAGCAAUGCCAUCGAACAGAUGGACACAAAGAUGGAGGGAGUGCGUUUGUCUUCUGAGGGCGGAGAGUCUACUACGCAGUCGAGUAAGACUUCCCAACAUUCCGGCAACAGUGAACAGCCGGGAUCUCCCACUGAGGCCAUCGGGCUCAGAGUCUCAGCCAGCACGUUUGCAGAUCAACAAGAAGGGCCAGCUGUCCAGACGUUAACCACAGAUGCAGUCGUAACCAUGGAUGCAAUCACCACCUCCGGUCCCUCAGAUGACCAGGAUGUACCUUUGAAUAUACCGCAGCACGCUGCCAUUGCACUACACCCACCUACCCAGAGCGACUCCCCCCACCACACCGACACAGACACACACCUGGUCAGCCGAGACACAAAUGCUGCUGGCAGUGCGGAGGAGCAACACGACCCUGCUGCUAUCCAGGCACAAACCUCCAGAGUUAUCUGCAAUGGACUACACUCUCCAGCCGUGAGUGAAAAGGAUUCAUCAAGUCAGCGAAGGGCUGACAUUGAGAUGGAGACACUGGAGCCCACUAAGGGAGGCCCCAAGAGGGUUUUAUUCCACACACAACCAGAUGUGCUCCUCCUCACGCUGCAGGAUGUGACGUUGGCCACUACCCCGUCUCCCCCGGACACAGAGGAAGAGGAGCAAGACGAACACCUGUGUCCUACUACAAGACCACAGGCGGGAAGGCUCCAAAAUGAGACAUGCCUCAGCAGCUGGAUGGACGAAGAUGAUGAUGAGGAGGAAGACUUUGAUGAGACACAUUCUCACCGCAGGAAGAGAAACAGGCGAGCAGAAAAGGAACUACAUCACAUAUCUGAGAAACUCACCCAUCGAAUUGAUGAGCUGGAUCAGAUGCUCAAACGACUUUUGGCCAACAGUGACGAGCUUGGUGAAGUCGAAGACAAGGAAGCGGAGACGGAUCCCAGUCACGACAUUGCGGCGCAUCGUAGACUACCCACAGGAACACCUGAAACCAAAUCCAACCAUAGGACCUGCUCCUCUUUUAUCUUACCUCUACCGGGUCAUCACUCUGUGGAGGAGCACUUUGAGGAUGACAAGGACCAGUCUCCGAACAUCUAUAAAGAUGGCCGACAAGCAAACAUCCCGGCUGCUCCUCUGACGUGGCAAAGUGAGCCGCCGCGCCGUACAAAACACAGAAAGACUGUGGUGAACCAUGCUUACGAGGCAGAAUUAACAAGAUUAGAAGGCAAAAAACGAGCAGAUCUCAACAAGGAACGACACAAAGCUCAGGAAGCUGAGCGAGAGUACAGAGAGGCCAUACUUAAAGACUUUCCCAAAUCGCCCACAACAAAGUCCCAGUCGAAGGUCCGUCAUACAUCAGGCACAUCAGGACGACUACGAAUACCCAAGAAAAUGCCCCCGCUGAAAGUGAAGGAAAAUGAGCUCCUGCCCAUGUUCCUAGAGGAGCUGCCUUUCCUGCACAUCUCCUCCCAUGAGCUGGGCCGCAUGUGGCGGCAGCAGAAGCAGCAGGUGGACCGACUCCGCGGCCAAGCCUCUGCCCAGAAGCAGCGACGCAGCAGAUCCUCCCAAGAGUUGGAAGAAGCGCAGAGGAAACACGACCUGCUCGUGGGGAUGGUGCACAAACAGCAGGAGCACAGCAGACGUCUGAGGGACUUUAAAGAGCACAGCCAGCAGCAGAAGUCCACCCAAAGCCGACUGAGAGAACAGCGACAGCAGAUUGCCAGGGCCAGGAAGUACCAUCAGGACUACCACGUCCAGCACCGGGCUCGCCUCAUGAAGGCUCGCAUCAACGAGGAGAAGAUGUUUCGUCAACUCUUUGAGGAGGGUUUGGAGGUGCAGAAGGCUCAUCUGAGGGAGCAGAGAGCCUUCGCCGCAGAGCAACGGCUGGAGCGCCAGAAAAGACACCAGGACCACAUAGAGUCGAUGGAGAACUACUACAAAGACCAAUUUUCACUUCUGGCUGAAAAACUUGCACAAGAGCGACAGGAGAUUCUGAUUCGAAAAAAGGCCCAAGAGAAGGUCCUGCUCAAGAUGAAGCGUGAGCUGCGUUCUAAGAUGGAGCAUGAGAUCGGCGAGCUGCAGAAGAUCAUCAUCCAGAACGACGAGGAUGACCACUUCCAGGAUCUGGAGGUCCAGAGAUUAUGCAAUCGAGUCCGCAUGGCGUCUUUCCACAGCCGCAACGAUUAUCUGCACUGACUUUCACGUCUGGAUCGCCGCUGAAGAAACCAACUGGAGGUCCAACGUCUUGACGGCUGCUCAUAUUUGCACAAGAGGAGAGCGCUUCUGCAAGCCUUGUUCGGGUUCAGGAGGCGGAACCUACAUUUGAUGAACUGAAAGGAGUCCGACAAAUUGUAGCUAACUGUUCCUUUAUCGUGUACUUAUUCUAUUUUACCUGGUUACCUGUACAAAUGUUCCUUCUUUUGCCAAAUGACCAAAACUGAUUUUUUUUAACUUCUUUUUACUAUGUCUUCCUUUAAUGCAUCCACAACUCCAGUGGUUUAUUUAUUUAUUUUUAACUUAAAUUGUGCCUUUUUUGUGUGUGUGUAAAUACUAACCAGGUGUUGGUGCUUUUUAAUCCAUUGGACAAUAACAAUCAAGUCUUAGGAUCCAAAUCUAACUGUAACAUAUCGAAGUGUGAUGAAAGAUAUAAAUUUAGGAGGGAAAUUAACUUCUAUGAAGAUCCUAUGAAUCACCUAAAAUGACAGGAACAUGACUCUAAUGCUGUUGACUUGUGGGCGAUGUGGUCUCCACUUGAACCAAUAAACCUCAUA